AUGCAAGUGACUGAAAAAUGGAAACUCCAGGAAACAUACCAUGGAAAUCCAACACCUGUAUAUGCUUGCGCAAUUAAACCAGAUGCAAAAGAACUUCUUGUUGCUAAUGUCGGCCAUCUUCUUGUUUAUUCAUUAAAAGAUGGUACACUUAUUAGUGAUGUAAAGAAACAUAAAAAAGCUAUUUACGCAAUUGCAGUAUCUCAUCAUGAUCCUUUAUUUGCAACUGCUGGUUGCGAUGAUACAGUUAUCGUCUGGGAUUCAAAAACAAACAAAGGUAAAGUAAGAUUCGUUGUUACAGGAGCAGCAUCAACAAUUACAUUCAGCCCUGUUUCACCUCAUCUUCUCGCUUGUGCUGGUACAGAAUUUUCAAUCUGGCACGAGAACAUUCAGCAGGUUACUCCUGUUGACGUACAAGUAAAGAUUCUUUGCGGUGCAUGGGCUCCCGAUGGCAAAUCUUUCGCAAUUGGUCUUCACAACGGUACAGUCUCUGUUCGUAACUCAGAGAACGCACAAGAAUUCUACACUCAUCACCUUAAUGUUCCAGUCUUCGCCCUCUGUUAUUCUGGCGAGCGUUUAAUUGUCGGUGACUGGGACAAUCGUCUUACAAUUCAUAAACCACGUGAAUCAACAUUAGAAUCACCAAUUGAUCUUCCAGCUCAACCAUCUGCAAUCAUUAACUUCCAAUCUAACAUCAUUGUCGCUGAUAUUGCAGGUGGUGUUACAUUAUACAACGAUGAUGGUACUCUCCUUUCAGUUGUUACAUCAGUGAAGGACUGGAUUUGGUCCAUUUCAACAUCUCCAGAAGGUUACAUGGCUCUCGGUUUAGAUAAUGGUACAAUUUCUGUUUUAUCACUCGGUUUACGUCCAAUUUACUCUAUUUGCAGAAAUUCAUUCGCUUUCCGUACAGAACUUACAAAGAUUCGUAUACAAAUCCUUGGAACUGAUCUCGUUGAAGAUGUCGAAUUCGUAAAGCCAGUUCAACGUAUUUCUAUCACCGAACUUCAUGUCUCUGUACUUUUCCACGAUGAAGUUUCAAUUUAUUCCUACGACGACGUUAAUGGAGAGAUCAAAUUAGAACGCAAGAACAAAUUCGACAUGGCACCAGGCUCCAAACAAUUCUACGACUUCACAAAUACUUUAGUAUUCGUAUUCGAGAAGUCCGUAAAGAUCUUAAACCAACACGGCUCCUUCAUUCGCGAAUUCAACUUCGCAUCACCAAUUACAGCCUCAUGUAUCGCUUCAACAGUCCAAACAAUGGAAUGUGUUCUCAUUGGUCUUGAAGAUGGCCAAGUAAUCCAAAUCUUUGUUGAUCAUAGAUUUUCACACCAGGCUUUCAAGCACGAUUCAGCGAUCAGAAACAUCUCCAUCUCACAGAUGAAGACAAAAGUUGCCGUUGUAGAUGACAAACGCCGUUGCUGCGUUUAUUCUCUUAUGACAGGUAAAUUAUUAUUCAUCGAAGAAGGUGUUGAUGCUGCCUGCUGGAACGAUCUUUCAGAUGACUUGCUUGCAAUGAGCGAUGGCGAGAAUCUUUACAUCAAAGCAUUCGAAAUGCAGAGAAUUAAGUCUACACUCACUGGUGAACUUGUUCGAUUCUCAGGAUUGACAGUCUCCACCAUCCAGAACAACCAUAUCUACCAGAUCGAUGUUCCUCUUUCAACAGCCGUGAAGAAUCUCGCGAGAAACUCCGAUUUCGAAAACGCUUAUCAAGUUGCAGUUUUCGGAUCCACAGAGGAACAAUGGAACGAGUUAGCUGACAGUGCAUUACGUCAACGCGAGAUCAACAUUGCUGUUAAAGCAGCCGCACACGCGUGGAACAUCCAGUUGAUGCAUUUCAUCGAAAUGAUCGCGACAUUGAUGAAAGACACAAAAUUCACGCAAGACCACUUAUCAGCAGAAGUUGAUGCAUGGACGAAUAACUUCGAUUCUGCCGCACGAACAUGGCGAAACCUUGGAGAGAACGAGCGUUCCGUACAGAUGUACUUUGACUUGCGACAAUUCGAUAAACUUCCACAGUUCCUUUCUGGCGACCGCAUGAAGAAAUUCGCUCUACAACAAGCGAAAUCAUUCGAGGACAUGAACGAAUUAGAACUCGCCGCACAAUUGUACAUUGUCGGUGGUGAAGCCCUUAAAGCAGUCACUAUCCUCAAUGAAGCAAACAUGAUUCAGGAACUUGCAAAAGUCGCUAAAACUAUUGAUCACACAGAAACAGCAGCACUUCAAUACGCCGCUGAAGCAUUGAUCCAACACGACAUGCCAACACAAGCUACAGACUUAUUGGCACAGUUGGAUGAUGUCUCAUCACUUGCCAAAGUUCGUGUUAUCCUUAAAGACUGGAAUGAAGCACUUGCAUUGGCAAAGAUGCAUCCUGCAUUACUUCCUGAAGUUUUCUUACCUUUCGCAAGAUAUUUAUUCGAAGAUGAUCAAUACUUUGAGUCUCUUGUUUCAUUCUUCAUCGCAGGAAGAGUCGAUGAAGCCCUCAAAUCACUGAACAUGCUUUUAGAAAACGCUUUGGUUAUGAACAAAUACGAUGAUGUCGCUUUCUUCCUUUACGGCAGAUCUCUUGGUUUGGCAUCAAUUUCUGAGACAGCAGAAGAAGCUCAAGCCAUUGUUGAGAGUGGUCUUGAGCUCGCAAGAUGUUACUCGGCAUUCGGAAAGCUUCGUGAAGACACUACAUCUCCAUUCACUAUUCGUGAACGUGGUGCUUCAUUCUAUCUUUCUCGUUAUGUUGUUGCUUAUAUGAACUCAAUCCGUAAAGGCGAAUUCAAGUCAAAGUAUUUGCACAAGAUCAGCGAUGAUCUUUUGACAGGAAUUUCAUAUCCAGAAGCACUUUUCUCACUUCUCAACGAGUCAGACAAUGUUGGAGAGUACAGAUUGAUGCGAUGGUGCGCUGAGCAGCUUUCUUUGUUUGUUGUUCCUCCAGCUGUACAAGAAGCAGUUGAUUUGGCCAUUUUGAGAACAGCAGGAAUGAAUGAUGAGGAUGAUGGUGAAUGCUGCGAAAGAUGCGGAUCUAGACUUUUCUCAUCAGGUGAAGGACCUUUAUUAUGGUGCAGCGAAUGCAAGUGUCCAAUUGUUUUCUCAUGCUAUUCAUACAGAGUUCUUCCUUUAGUUCCAAUCCAUACAAAGGAUGUCGAAAUCAAAGACGCCAAAACACUCAUUUCUCAAGAUCCUCCAAUCGAUGGAAAUGUCAUGGAUAUCUCUGAAGUCAUUGAUCCGGCACGUGCAGUUGAUGGUGAUGCGAAACCAGUAUUGAACUCAGACCAGUUGAAGAACAUUGAUCCAUCUGCAUUUGUUACAUGCGAGUGGAAAGAAAACUCUAAAGUUCCAUGCUCAUUCAUGCUCAAUCCUCCUCUUGAGUCAGUCCACGUUUGCAGAGGUUGCAACUCUAUGUUUAAUGAUGUUGAUUUCGAACGAACAUUCUUGGAGAAUGGUGCAUGCCCAAUCUGCAAGACACCUUUGGAUAAUGAGGCAGAAGGUGAAUUCGCAGAUACAUAUGACUCGUACUCUGACCUCUUGAAGCAGCUCAGAGACUUCUCGAGUGCUGUCCCUAUCGAAUUCUAA